AUGCUUAACUUAAUGUCUUUUUCACCAUCGAAUUUUGGUCGAUAUGCUUCACAAACAGAAUAUUCUAUCGAUGAAUUAAAUAAUAUUAAUGAACGUACACAAACACAACGAAAUCUAACAACUAAUAAUAUUCCAUCACUUAUGUCAUUAUCAAUAGCACCACCAAUCAUAACGAAAAAUAUUCAAGAUAAAUCAAUAACAUCUUCAUCUGUCAUCAAAGAAAAUAUUGAACCAUUACCAUUUCCACAACAUGGAUUAGGUCCAAUUCAACGACCAAAUAAACUCCCAUGUCCAUCAACUAUACAAUCAUCAUCAUUUCUUAGUGAUUCUAUUCAAUCACCAAGUACACCUGAUGUACUCGUUCAAAUAAAUCAUCUUCUUGAUCAUUCAAAUAGUAUAACAACAAUGGCAUCAACACCAAAUGUUCCUAUUCUAACAGAUUCAUCAACAAUGAUCAAUGAAAUUUCAACACCAAAUGUUUCAUGGACACCAUUUUCACCAACAGAAUGGUCAUCAAAAUAUGAUUCAUCAUGGCCAACAACAAAUCUUCAAAGUCCAAAUAUUUCUUUAAUAAAACAAAUACAAAAUCCAUUUUUACAACAACAAAUAUCAAAUGAAGAAUCAUCGGUUUGGUCAUCUGCAUUAGAAACAGCAACACCAAAUUCGGUACCAUCAAGUGCACAUAGACAACCUGCUUCGGAAUGGCAUGAACUUUUUUCAUCGAAUGUUUCUUCAUCAACUCAAAUAACAAAAUCAACAAAUAAUUCUUGGUUAAAAUUUUUCCCAGUAUCUGAUCCAUCUCCAGUCGAUAGUAUAACAUCAAAUAGACAAGAAAAUGAAACAAAUAAUCCAUUUUGGAAUCUAAUCAAUUCAAAUGAAACACAACAAAAUUCAUCAGCAUCAUGGUGGCCUAAAACAUCAUCCUAUGAAAAUGAUAAUGAUAAUGAUCAAUCUCGAUGGGAUUUUGCUCGUUAA